GAAAUAAUUGAAUCUUCUUUACCUAUAUUCAUUGCAGAUGAAACUAAAAAUAAUGAGGAUGAGAUUAGUGAAGAUGAGACAAGCAGUAUUGAAGAACCUGAAUUUGCAUUAGAUUACAAAUUAUUCAUAAAAUUAUUAGAUGAAACUUCAUUAUCUGCAAAAUGGUUUGAAGAAUCAGUUACCACUAUAGAUGAAUUUCUUUUAUCUAUUUAUAAUAAAGAAGCAGGUGUUGACAUUCAAUUAGUUAAUGCACAAGAUUUUAUUAAGUUUAAAGUUAAAUAUUUGAAACUAGUUGCAAGAAAAAAUGACAUUAGAAUUUAUAUUACUAUUAUACAACUUUUUGUUUCUCAAAAUAAGCAGAAAAAAAAAGAGUCAAAUUUGGAUGAUGAUGAAAAUAAUAAAAAAUCAAACAAUGUGAAAAAAAUUAAUCAAAUUCCAAGUAUUUUAUCUCUAUCAUUAUAUAACAAAGAUAUUGCUAAAAAUGUAACAAAUAUUCAAAAUGCAUAUUAUUAUAACAGACAUAAUCAGUCUUGUUUAAACAAGAAAAAUCAUAAGAACUUAUAUGUUGAAAUAAAUUUUACAAUGUUUUCUAUAUAG